UAUAAUAACGCCAAAGUGCUGAAGCAGAACAUGACGCUGAACCUGUCCGACCCAUCCAGCAACCUGAAGCCGCACCUGAGGAACAAGAACGCCGACAUCCUCACCUCCCCCGACGUGGGACUCCUGAAACUGGCCUCGCCUGAACUGGAGCGGCUCAUCAUCCAGUCCAGCAACGGNNUAAUUACCACCACGCCGACCCCGACGCAGUUCCUCUGCCCCAAAAACGUUACCGACGAGCAAGAGGGGUUCGCGGAAGGCUUUGUGAGAGCCCUGGCGGAACUGCACAACCAGAACACCAUGCCCAGCGUUACCUCCGCCGCCCAACCUGUUAACAGCGGCAUGGCACCUGUGUCCUCUAUGGCCGGCAACAGUAGUUUCAAUACGAAUUUGCACAGCGAGCCCCCGGUGUACGCCAAUCUCAGCAACUUCAACCCCAACGCGCUCAACUCUGCACCUAACUACAACACGAACAACAUGGGCUACGCACCUCAGCAUCACAUAAACCCCCAGAUGCCGGUGCAGCAUCCCAGGCUCCAGGCUUUGAAAGAAGAGCCUCAGACUGUACCUGAAAUGCCAGGGGAAACUCCUCCCCUGUCCCCUAUUGACAUGGAGUCACAGGAGAGAAUCAAAGCCGAGAGAAAACGCAUGAGAAACAGAAUUGCAGCAUCCAAAUGCCGGAAAAGGAAGUUGGAAAGGAUUGCCAGGUUGGAAGAAAAAGUGAAAACUUUGAAAGCCCAGAACUCAGAGCUGGCAUCCACUGCCAACAUGCUCAGAGAACAGGUUGCACAGCUUAAGCAGAAGGUCAUGAACCAUGUCAACAGCGGGUGCCAGCUAAUGCUAACACAACAGUUGCAAACGUUUUGAAGAGACUGUCUUAAACAAGAACUGUGGUAUUGUGGUAUAACUAAAACAAAAAAACCAAAAGUGGCAGAUGCAUAAAGCUAAUGGUAAAAGCUGAAAGGCUGAGUCCUGCCUGUGCUCUGCAAAGCGCAUGUGUGGAAAGACUGGCAAGCCUUCAGCUCGAGUCAGUAGUGAAGCGGCCAGCACCGCUCCGAGAAGUGCUGUUCCUGCUCAGAUGCGAUGUCAGAUCUUUGUUUAACGUUGACCAAGACCUGCAUGGACCUAACAUUCGAUGAUCAUUCAGUAUUAAAGGUUAAACUGCAAUAGAAACUGUAGAUUGCUUUAUGUAGUAUUCCUUAAAAAAAAAAAAAGUGGGAGGGAGGUUUGUGGGAGGCUGAUAAACAAAAAAGAACUAUUCUGCCUGCCUUCAAGUAAAUUGUGUAUGUACAUAUCUUUUUUAUUUUAUUUUAUGAAAGUUGAUUAAUGUCAAUAAACUACUUCAUGACUUUGUAAGUUAUUUUUAUGUUGUUUAUUUGGGCACUGCCCAGUAUUGUUUGUAAAUAAGAGGCUUUUUUUUUUAGCACUCUGAGUUUACCAUUUGUAAUAAAGUAUAAUUUUUUAAUGUUUCUGUUUCUGGAAAAAUUCUAGAAGGUUCUAUUAUAUUUAAGAAAAAUAAAAUAAUUAAAAUGCA